UAAUAUUCCGAUUGACAAUCGCAACACCGCGAUCACCACCGAAUCUAUCUUGACCAAGAUGCUUCGGGUAGCAUUCCACGCGGCACCGCGGCGUGCAUCAGCCUCGUCCUCUCGCGGGAACCACCAUUUCGGUGCAUGGGACCAUCUCCAUCGCAUGCAUGCGACUGCUCUGACUUCGUCGUCGGACCACCACGACGACAAGUCGACGCUCAAAUUUCGACCGCUCGUGGCCCCGUCGUUGAAUGCUGCGUAUGCGUACUCGCUAGGGUUCACCAGCGCGCCUCGCCAUCCUCGCUUGGUCGGUCAAGCUCGAUGGAUGAGCACGGAUGCCGCGAAGAAGGCCGUCGUGUCCAACGUGCUUGCGCGGCGGUCGUCCACUCGUGUCGCCCAACAAGAAGAUCGGCUGGACAAGGCGUUGGAAAAGGUGGGCGAGCGGGGGUUCCAAGUCAAGGACCUGCAGAACCUCGACCUGAACGUCAGCGCGAAGGCGUGGGCGUUCAUCAAGUCGACGCCGGCGCUCGUGGUCGGUGGGGCCGCCACCGUCCAGGAAUGGGUGCGCAUCCUCGUCAAGGAACCCGAGCGCGCGCGCGCAUGGCUCAAGCAACUCAAGGAGUCAAUCAACCACGAACUUAAGCACUACUGGGUCGGCUCGAAGCUCCUGUACGCAGAACUAUCGACGUCCACACGCAUCUUGCGCCGCAUACUCAAGGGGAACGCGCUCACCCGCCGCGAGAAGAAGCAGCUGCAGCGCACCGUGGCCGACAUCCUUCGGUUGAUUCCAUUUGCGUUCUUUCUGAUCGUGCCGUUCAUGGAGCUGGCCCUCCCGUUCGCGCUCAAGCUGUUCCCGAACAUGCUUCCAUCCACGUUCAAGCAUGCAUUCCAGCGCGAAGAAGACAUGAAGCGCCAGCUCCAACUGCGCGUGUCGCUGGCCGAGUUUCUGCAGGACACUGUCAAGGACGUGAUGCAGACGACCCACGAAACCGAAGGUGUAGCAGAGGAGAAGCGAGCGACGGCCAAGGAAGUGAUGAGCUUUGUGGAGCGGGCGCAGCGCGGCGAGCCGCUGACGAGCGAAGAAACGCUCAAGAUCGCUGGCCUCUUCAACGACGAGAUCACUCUGGACAACAUCUCGCGGCCCCAGCUGGUCGGCAUGUGCCGCUACAUGGGCGUGAAUCCAUACGGAAAUGACAACUUUUUGCGCUUUCAGCUGCGCAUGAAAAUUGCCGCCUUGAAAAAAGAUGACCAGCAAAUCAUAUGGGAAGGCCUGGACUCACUCGACAAGGAAGAGCUCCAAAUAGCAUGCAUGGAACGCGGGAUGCGCGCCACAGGUCUUACCAAGGCGGGGUAUGUCAAGCAAAUGAAGCAGUGGUUGGACUUGUCAAUCAACAAGAACGUACCAGCGUCGCUCCUGAUUCUAUCGCGAGCAAUGAACAUCACGUCGGUGGAGAACCCCGAGGCGGCGCUGGCGGCGUCCAUGUCUAGCAUGGAUGAAGAGCUCGUGACAGAGGUGGCGCUAGCAGCCAAGACGGCCGCGGCGGCCGACUCGACGCUUGAAAAGAUGCAGCUCAAGGAACUCCAACUCGAAUCCAUUCGGUACCAGAACGAAAUGAUCGCCGACGAAGAAAAGCUGCGCGAAGACAUGAAAAAGAAGUCGGAUGUGGACGCCAAGAAGAAGCAAGAGGACGAAGAGGUCGACAAGCACCACAUCACAGACGAGUUUGUAGAGGUGACCCAAGUCGAGGCGGCGCCGACCCACGCGCCGCCCGUCGACCGCGUGUCCGUCGUCGAGGCUGUACCCAUGCAUGUGUUUGAGGACGAGCGCAAGUUGACACUGGAGGAAGUGAGUGCGUUGGAAACCCUCGCGUUCAAGUCGAUAGUGGAAAAGGAGCGCCAAGUGAUGGCCAAGAUGAAGCUGGACAAGAGCGUGAUGGACGUCCAGGGGCUGCUGGCGGCCGGCCGCAUCGGCGCCGAGAAGGAGAACAAGACGGCGGACCGCAUGCUCAAGAAGCUCGACUCGAUGCUGCUCAAGCUUGAGGUGGAGCUGGAGCAAGUGGACAAGGACGUCGGCGACCGGCUCAACAUUCUCGACCGCGACAGCGACGGCGUUGUGGAUGUGACAGAGUUCAAGACGGCGGUGAUGACCAUCCUGCGCAAGAACAAGACGGAGGACGCGGCCGAGUGGAUCGUCGGACAGAUCGACGAAGACAAGGACGGAAAGAUAUCGCUCGACGAACUCGUCAAGUGGGUCGAGCAGAAGCGCGACUUGCUCGAAGCCACGGGCGAGCUCAGUCCCCACAGAGACGAAACGCUCGACCAGGAUAUCCUCAAGGAGGUCACGACGCUCAAGCGGACAGAAAGCAAAAAGACGGCGGCGGCAGCGGCCGCCGCGGCUUCCGCCACCGACAAGAUGACUCCAGCGUAGACAUACCAUUCCAUCACGUGCCUUAACAAGUACUAGUAGUAGUACGCAAUAUUCACCAAAGUACGUCGUUACAGGCAGUCAAAGUACAUGGUACUCACAGUCAAUGUUCACAAAAGUACACAAGUACUCCAUAUGUGUUACAGUACUCAAAGAUACACCAACCUACGAUUGUUGGUAACCGGAGCAGGAGUUCAAGUACUCAAUUCAAGUACGGAAAUCGUGGGUUGGAGCACUCACUUGAUAACGUUAUACCUGUGAUAUCCAAACAACUGGCCGAUGGGUUCAGUCUAGCUCCCGUCGUCGCUUAGUUGAUUUCGACACUGGGUAAUCGAGGUCGUCGUCGUUGGGUAUAUUGACAUGAGUCAAGGCCUGGGUGACCGCCGCUUCCUCGGUUCCAGUGAAACUGUGUCGCAGAAGGGGGCGGAUUUGCUCGGGCGUCCAUGGGGGCGGGGGGUGCGACUGCACAAACUGGUACAUGGCGGCCUGUCGCCACACUUGGCUCGGGAGGACGUUCAGUUGGAUGCUGACCGUUUGUCGGACCAGGUCCAACCGAUGCAAAACACAA